AUGUCUGCGUCUCAAGACAAAUCUCACGGAGACGCAAAUCACCUUGAGACAAUCUCAAGCUUAGAAAAACUGAAGUGUUUACGAAAAAAUGUCAAUUGGGAGGACAAAGAAGAGCGACAGUCCGUCUUAUUCGAUAACAUAUUUGACUCAAAUUCACUCAUCGACUUUGUAAUCGACACUGGCUACAAGGACGAGCUCGUCUUCGAUAAAGACGGCAAGCCACUGCUGCGUCGAACCACACCGCUGCACCAAGUGGUAUCGAUCGAUUUUGGCAGUUUGUUGCCGAAGCUUUUCAAAAUAUACCAGAGAUCGGACGCAAACUACACCACCGAAUCUGGAUUUACACAAUUUCAUGUGGCCUGCAUGAACGGCUUUGACGACAUCGUAAAGGGAUUCCUCGAGCUCGGCCUGGAUCCCGAUUGCUUUUCCGAAGAACCGGAUACUAUGAGCUCGGUCGAUCCGCCACUACACUUGGCUCUGCGAGGGGAUCACUGGAGCACGGCCGAAUUACUGCUGAGAAUCGGCGCCGAUCCAAACUCAUGGGAUACAGACGGAUGGACAGUUCUGCACUCUUUACACAAUGAAGAAAUGGCGGAGAUGUUAUUUGAGUUCUGCGACGAAAUCGAAAAGCCAGUGCAAGUCGACGCAUUGAACCAGCAGAUGGACACGCCAUUAGGCGCCGAUCCUAAUUUACCCGAUGAGGGCGGAUCGACACCUUUACACUUCAUUGCCAGGAAUCAUUACCGGCAUAACGAUGGAUUGGCGGGUCUAUUCUUCAGGAUCAUCGACGAGAAACAUAAACAGGUGCAGAUCGAUGCCUUUGACAAGUUGGGCCAGACACUGCUACAAUUAGCUGUGGCAAACGUGCAGCCAGGUGUGGUCGAUGUAUUUUUGGGUCGUGGCGCUUGA